AUGCCUCCUCUGUCGGCAUACACGCCCUUUGAAUCAUUGCUCUUCUUUCAGUCGCUCGCCGCGUCCGAUGUGCGCCCGUCAAACUUUUCGUCAAUAUCCACCUCGCUACGUAAUAACCCUUUAAUUCGAGACAAUGUCGCAUUCAGUGCCGACCGAUUGACCCCGGAGGCACUGGAGGACCUUUACACGACUCUUUUGCGGGAUGGCCUUGAUCGCGAGGCUGCAGCAGGUCCAAAUGGACGGCCACAUGAUGUGUCCAGCCCCAGUAAUGCGAAGAAGCGCAAGAUAUCGAGCCCCAAGCCCGAAGGUUUACCCGAGGAUAUAACCCACGCGAUUCGAAUCCCAGAGCUGGUAUCGCACCUUUAUUCACGCUUUCGAGAGACUCUGAUCAAAGAGGUUCGCCAGGAGGAGAGGAAAUAUAAUGAGAUUAAGAAAGAGUUGGACCGCUUAGAGAAGGACGAAAGCAAGGCCACCAGUGAAGCCUUGAAGAGGCCUGAUGAUGCUUUCGUUGGCGAGCCGAUGGAAGUAGAUGUCAAGCAGGAAACUCGACCAGAACGUCCAGCUGCAUUGGCUUCUGAGGAACCCCAGAAACCAGCAGACGAGACAUUUAGAAAGGAAACCACAUCUUUCCAGGCUCCGAAGGACGCCCCGCAGCCGCCUACCAAACCAGCUGAACAGCCCGCGGAACCUUCGCAAGCGCAACCACCAAUUCAGCAUGAGCCGCCAUCAAAAGCAGCGGCCCAACCUGCAGCGCCGGCGCAUCCACCCCUUGCCCCUCGAACCCAACCGCCAGCUCCAGCGACCCCCAUUGCAGCUCGUCCUCCACGCACCCCCCACCCAUCUCAGCUCGCACCGCGCCCAAUUGCUGCAUCUACACCCAUUGGACAACCCGGCGCUCCUACUCUUGAUGCAGCUCCUCAUUCACCCUACUCCGCGAUCUCCCCUAAUACUGCCGCUCCGCCAGCUGGUUCCGCAGCUGCAAAGCAAGCUUUACCACCAGUCCAGGCCGCGGCGCAAAAACCCUCUGCUCCAUCAACGGUUCCUAGCACCCCUAGCGCCGUCUCCUCUUCAGCUCAAACCGGUGUUCCAAUUGGACCGCCACAGACUGGAUCACGGACGCCAAGUGUUGUGAUCCCACCCUAUUCCGAGUCGCGAUCUUCUCGCCCACGACUUGAUACACCAGGAUCUUCGACGCCAUGGAGGAAGCUUCCUCGUUUGAGCAUCCCGCAAUCACCGCCUUCACCAGCUCGCCCUCAAGCUGUCAGCCCUAUCAGUGACAGGGAAACCUCUCCCGGGGCCAUGGACAUUUCGCCUCCACGUGAAAGGAAAAGUCGACGUGGACAAAAUGUUUCGGAUAGCAAGUCUGGCCCAGCUAUCAAAACAGAGAAGAGUGACAAGCCCGAGAAGAUAGAGAAAGCUCCCGCAGCCCGGCGAAAGCGUGCUUUCAGCUCUGUGUCUUCUCACAGCCACGCUCAAUCCGUGCAAUCUCAUGACACAUCUCCUGCGCCUCCCGAUGACACCGAUCGGGACCUACGCACUUCGGGUCGCCGAAAUCGAGCUGCAACCGGUACGGAUGAAAAGGCACGCUCAAAGCGGAAGCGCGGCGCAAGCGAAUCCACCGAACACGAACCUGUGCAUCUGGAGCCAAAGUUCGAUACAACAAAGUUUGUGCUCUGUGCUCGUGGAUUCCACCGGACUGCUGCACCUAUUCUGAAUGAUGUGACCACCCAUAAGCUGGCUUCGAUCUUCGCCAAGCCUCUGAGCGAACGUGACGCCCCAGGCUACCACGAUCUCAUUUACAGGCCGCAAGAUCUAAAAUCAAUCAAGGCUGCCGUCCACGCCGGUAGUAAAGCGGUCAUCGCAGCAACGGAGGCCGUGAGUACGCCGGCUGGCGACGGCGAGUCGCCAGUUCCUACGGGGACACCAUCGUCAAAACAUAAUUUACUCAUGUUGCCCAAGACGGAAGACCUUGUGCCACCUAAAGGGAUUGUCAAUUCCGCGCAACUGGAGAAGGAAUUUACCCGCAUGUUUGCCAAUGCUAUCAUGUUCAACCCUGUCCCAGAGCGCGGCCUGGGCCCUGCCUUUGCCAUGGUCAAUGACCGAGGCUCGCGGGAAAGCACGCAGUCUGGUGAUGAUGGCGAAGAGGGUGGUAUCAUACAAGAUGCUCGUGAGAUGUUUGAAGAUGUGGAACAGGCUGUCACUCGAUGGCGUGCGGCCGAACGGACGACUGACGAGCUUGCCAUCAAGAGCGUGUUCUCUCUUCGACGGGGGAGUGCCAGUGAUUUUAAUACCGAUAGCGCUGAUGAUGGGAAGGGUUAG